ACAAAAUGAAGCUGCUGUCAGCAGGCAGGAGAGAGUCGGACCGAGAACAUGGGGAUGGCUGUGGCAGCAAUUUCAGGGAAACUGGAAAUAAUCAAUUAGAAUAAUAUCGCUGCGAUGAAUCCGACGUAGAUGACCUCAGCAUUUAAAAGGGCAGUGAAAGGGAAUCCGGGGACAGGAUCCAACAGCAUGACAGGCGUCAGUGGUAAGAGCGUUGGUGUUAAAGUAGGCAAGCAAACCAGAUCAAAGGCUGCUAACACUACAGGUGCAAACCCGGUAACAGCCUCGGGUAAUAAUGCCAGCAAAUCUUCCGGAGAAGAAGACGAGAAAGAUGGUGGAGUGCUUUUCUAUGUGAAUAAAAGUGGUUUCCCGAUUGAUGAGCGCACUUGGCAAAGAAUGUGGACGCAUGUGGCUAAAAUACACCCGGGUGGGAAGGAGAUGGAGGAGAGUAUAAGACAAGCCGCAUUUAUACCCCGGCCUCCAGUUCCAUCACUGCCAAAAUACAAGCCAUCCAUGUCAAUUCCAGAUUGGUUGCGCACAAUACAAGGCUACAUGAAGCUGCUGCAAUACAAUCACACUGGAACCCAGUUCUUUGAGAUUAAGAAAAUCAGACCUUUGAGUUGGUUAAUGGACACAGCCAGAGAAAUGACUCGUGAAUCAUUGCCAAUUAAAUGCCUUGAAGCUGUGAUUCUUGGAAUAUACCUGACGAAUGGACUUGUAGCUGUAGAAAGGUUUCCCAUCAGCUUUAAAACCCAGUUCUCAGGGAACUGCUUUCAUCACGUGGUGCUGGGUGUCUAUUACAAUGGUUGCUAUGGAACACUAGGCAUGAGCAGGAGAGAGGACUUGAUGGACAAGCCCUUGACCUUUCGAACUCUCAGUGACCUGUUUUUUGAAUUUGAAGACUCUUACAGAAAGUACCUGCACACUGUGAAAAAGGUGAAGAUUGGCUUGUAUGUAUCCCAUGAUCCACACAGCUUCCAGCAGAUCGAAUGGAAGCAUUUGGUUUUAAACACGGGAAGGAUGAGCAGAGAAGAGACGCGGAAAGAGUUGGAAAAGCAUGCUCGGUACAUGAGAAUGAAGAUUAUAAAGACCUCAGGUUCCCAGUCUCCAGUUAAAGAGCGACAACGGGGAAAAUCAUUAUCACCGUGCCGUCGGCAGAUGAGCCCUCAAAGACGACUUAGCCGAAGAGAUAAAUCACCUGCAAUAACAGAAAAGAAGCCAGCAGAACUCAGCACUUUGAAUGAUGUUGGAUACCAAAUCCGUAUCUAAAGAAGCCAUGGAGUAAAAGCUGGUACUUUUUCAUGAUCUUCAAUGGUGCUCUCUCUUGCACUUUACUUUCCAGCCAUUUGUUGUAACAGGUCAAUGCUAUUUAUGAAGAUUUUGGGCACAUUUUUGUUUGAACUACAGAACCAGAAUUUUAAAAACAAAUGGAACUCUAAUUCAUUCAUCUAAUUUAUAUUUUUAAAAAUGUACAUAGCUCAGCUCCCCAGUUGCAGCACUGUGAUUAGUAUUUCUAUUAUUGAUUUGUAAUUGCCGAGACGUUAUGGUGUGAGCCCGACACAUAAUGCUUGACUGAAAUUCUGAUAGCAGUGCUUCCUCAAUGCUAAAACAGUGGCUAAUACUUGGGGGCUGUAAAUAGGAAUAAGUGAAUAAUUUUAAAGACAAGUAAAGCAAUAGAGAACAGUUGUGGGAAAACGUUUACUACCAGUACUUGAAAUUGCCAAUGGAAGAGAGAAAAAGAAAACCUUCUCCAGAACAACUGUUAAUAAUAAUUUUCCGUGUGGUUUGUAAAUGUUUUAUACAACUUAGAAUCAUGGAAGAAACCAAUAUUUUUUGGGUUAUUUUGUUGGGGGUAAAGACACCAACCAAAUUGACCAGUAUUGCUGAUUUGUACUUUGUUACCUAACAUCAGCCAGACCUGCAGUGUGGGUAAAAUUAUCCUCAACAUUUCUGGGGUCAACAGCAAUUAAGAAUUGGCUCCACUUCUGAUUGUUCUGUAGUGUUUGAAAAUGGAUGGCAUUAUAAGCGAAACAGAUACAGCCUGACUGUAAAGUUAAGUAUUCUCGUGCAGUUGUUACAUUUGUUUACAGAUGAAGAAUGGUCACUUGGCCAUGUAUUUGUACUAGAACACAAGGUUGGAUUUUACAGAGUAUUGUAUUCUCCAAAUCUGCCCUGACUGAAACAUUGCUCAUCAGACCCUACCCAAAAUCCGCACUCCCGCGGUGAUGCAUGGACCAUCCUUAAUUGUCUGAGUAGGACUUCAGCCGCCAUCUAGGAGCAAGUCCCACUAAUAAGGAGCUGCUGGUUGACCUGACAGUCUGAGUAUCCCAGCAGCGUUACAAUUUAAUAGUGGUUGUUACUGCGACAACAAGCAGUCACUGAGAAAGAGGAGCUACAGGCUAGAUAUAAAGGUAAGCCUGGGAUUUUCAACAUUGGUUGCUAGAUCCCUUCAGACAGGGGAUGUGGGGGAAGUGAUGGGCCAGGUUUGAGAGGUCAGGGGUGACAUUUAAAGAAGGUGCAAUCUUGAAGAUAACCCUACUUCCUGCCUGACAGACGCCAGUGAACUUAAAGCUUGAAGACUUCCUGAUUUGCCCUGCCAGAGACAAAGUAGCAGCAGAGGCAAAAUGAAACACUUCAAUGGCUAUUAGUUGACUACUUCAGGUCCUCAGUAGGCCAAAGAGUGGAUGGGCUCCUUGAUACCUCUCUCCCAACCAUAAUAUGGGAGACAGAUUGGGUGUGGAUGGGAAGGCAGUAGGAAGACCAGCUACAUUGUUUUACACUCUCUGUUCAGCCUUCAAAUAUAUUGGAGACGGGAAGUGGAUGGGUGUGGGGAGGAAGGUCUACCAUAAAACUCAAGCAAUGAGACAGUUGAAGCAGUUUUAGAACCAUAGGCAACUAUUUCUGAUGAAACAUCUUUAAUUAAUUAGAACUUUUUACAAUGACUCCCUCACUAAGAUGUGCAGAGAUGAAAGAUCUUGUGAGGAUGAUGGGAAAAAAAAUAAAAUAAGAGGAAAAAAUAUGUUGGUUUUUGCUGAUACACUUUCAGCCCUUCAUUACCCCAAAUGAUUAUGUGGGCUUUUGCUGAUUAAGAAAAUCUGACUGUCUUUGAUCUCAUGAUGAACUUCAGAAAUUGGAAACGCUGUGUUUCACCUGCUGUGAAAGAUCCCAGGGCACUCUGUGUGUAGUUAGGAGCUAUGUGGCAUUAUUAGGUCUUGAAUUCCAUUUUUGCAAUCAACUACUUUUAGUUUGAAUUUCAAACAAAUAUAAUUAUAGUCACAGAAGUCGCUUCUGGUUGAACUAAUAACCCCCUCAUGCACUUGACAGUAAAAAAUGGUCAAGCGAAACAUAUUACUCGACUUGUGAUUAAUAGUUAUUUUCAACAUCAAGCAAAUUUGUACGAUAUUUUGCCAGACUCAGGGCUGAAAUUCUCUGAAAGGCGAUCUUAGUUCUUGUUGCCAGAAUUGCACUCCUACACUGACCUCUGCCAUUGUGCUUCGGCAGAUCACUUGCAUCAAACUGAUUUGGCACUUUGUUGUUGCCUGCUUACCCAUGCAUUGGAAAACGGGCAUGGCAUACUACCCUAGGCUCACAAGCAACCUCAUACCCAACCCUAGCCAUGUCUCCAAUCAAAUAAAACAAUUGGGUCAGUAAAUUUUGUUCUUCAGCAGCCUUUGUCAGACAUCUGGGGUCCUUGGGGAGACUGGUAUGCCUCAUUUCUCUGAUGGUACAUUGGCCAUAGCCAUUCCACUGUAUUUUCUACAUUCUUGCUACAUAUAGAGCCAUAGAAUCACACAGCAUGGAAACAGAUCCAUCAGUGCAACUAAUCCUGCAAUAUUGGAGUUUUCUACUUUCCUUUUAGAAUGUACCUUGCUGGAAUAAAUGAAUUGCCAGAUGCUUUCUUCAUUUUUCAAGGUAGCUAUUGUAAGGGUUCAGUUGGGGAAAGAAGAGCAGUCAAUAUGUAUCUGCAUAAAAGCAAAAAGUUGCGGACUGUAGAAACUUUAUUCUGUCUUAUCUACGAGCUCUGAGUUCAACCUCUCACACUCCAGAUGAACUUCAGUAAUUCUUCUGUAAGAACUUUUUUUGUAACCAUUGAUAGAGAGCAUUGAAUCCUUUUGAAUCAGGUCUACAGAAAAGAGAUAGCAAAGUCCAAAGAUAUGCAGAUUAGGUGGAUUGGACAUGCUAAAUUGCUCAGUGUCCAGGGAUGUGUAGAUUAGGUAGGUUAUAGAGGGACCUGUCUGGAUGGGAUUCUCUGAGGGUCAGUGUGGGCUUGUUGGGGUGAAAGGCCUGUUCCCACACUGUAGGGAUUCUAUUCUAUGAUCUAAGAAUGCUAUCUGACCCAACUAUUCAGCCCCUAAAUUUGGCAAGUCAUUCAGGAGUUGCAUUCAUCUAUAGAAGGCAAAGAUUCAUUAACUUUUAUAUCAAACAUUUCAGAAUUUUAAAUAAAUUAUUCUUAAAUUGUUCUUGUCAUGUAGUUGAGAGCUACUAUAGCUGAUCCUUCUCCAGGUUUUUUGCAAGCGCAGGUUCUAUCUUAUCAUAAAACGCCGUUCUUUGCAUUUUUACUACAUGUGAUUUGAAAGUUUUUAUUGAAGUAUUCUCUAGAAUCCAGAUUGGAUGACUAGUGCGCUAUUUCAUCAGAAAGUUCAGUGAAAAACCUAUUGGGCUGGUCGCUUUUGGACACCAAUGGGAAUCCAGGGAUAAACAGUUAGAGAAGAAUGGCAAAGCAGAAUUGAGGAGUUAUUUGGAUUAUUUUUGAAACUGAGGAACCUUAGGGACACGUUGAAGGCAGAUGAGGAAAGACUGGUGAAAAUGGAGGGGGUCCCAAAUGCCAGUUAUUUUCAAUGUUUGCCUCUGUAAAUGGUCAGUUGCCUUUUCAAGUUGAAGAAACCCGAGGGUAUUUUCAUGUUAUAACUUCAAAAUCCAAAAUUGUAAAUCCUGUGGGGAAGUCAAUGGUAAAGGAUACAAAGCAUCUUCUAUGCAUUGCAGCCUUAAGAAGCUGGCUGUUCUUACAAGCAGCUUAGAAUAAAGGUGUAUGUGUGUGUGUAAAUAUUUCCCAUUUAUGAAAGAGGGCCCCACAGUGCAAGUUACACCACCAUCCAUGAUUUGCGCAAGCAUGUGACAGUGAGGCAUGCUGUAUUUUAUGCACAAUAACUUUCUCUGUAUAACCUGACUAUUGGAAGCCAUACUGUUCAUUCACAUCUCAGUAUUCAACAAUGUUUUCAUAUCCCAUGAAAUUGGACUCCAAAUUUAAGCUGAAAAUUAUUUUAUUUAUACAUGACUUUUCUUUUAAGGUAUCUGUUUAAACAUGAAUAUUGAAAAAAAACCUUUAGAAAAGACAGAAUGCUGUCAACAAGAAAAUUAGUUGGCUUAUGCAGCCUUGGGUAUGAUUAUGGUUAUAUUAAUAAAUUAACAAUUCAGAGAGCGUGGGUUCAAAUAUGACCUUAGUAGUCAAAUCCUGUUUAAAAUAUGAAAUAACCAUAAAGCUAUCUGUUGUAAAAGCUGAACUGCUUCACUAAUGUGCUUUAGGGAAGAAACACAGCUAACCUUAAAUGAUCUAACUUAAAUAUUAGUCAAAUUUCACAGCAAUAUGGUUGAUUCUUAACCGCCCUUUGAAAUUGCCUAAUGAGCCAGACAUCUGUUUCAAAUCGUGCACUGCAGCUAUUCAAGAAGAAAGCAUACUGCCAUCUUAUCAGGAUAUGUAAAAAAUGCCGGUCAUGCCAGCAACGCCCACACCCUCAGAAUGAAUUUUUUAAAGUAUUUAUAGUUUUAAGAGCUACCUUUUAUAAAAGCAGUCUUAAUCAUGAAGGACAGCAAUGUUUCCUCAAUUAAUUUUUCACAAUUGCAUUUAAUGUUUAACCACUUUUAAGUGGUCUUCUACUACUUCAGUGUUGAUAAAAGUAUUUUUAAAAAACACGUCACUUUACCCUGAUCAAAAGCUGCAUUGCAGUAGUGAGCAAGUGGGGCAGUAUCAGAAUUACUGCACUGGGGCUGAGCUAAAAAUGUGAGAACAAACUGUGACACGCACAAGCUCCUCUGAAUUUUUUUAGCAUUUUUUUGAAUGCAAACUUUUUUAUUACUUGAAAUAUUGUGCUUGAAAUCUUUGGCCACAAAUUGAUUUGUUACAAAGUAAUUGUUAACUGACCUUGGCUAAAAUAUUUCUAUUUAUUACACUUGUGAACUGUGUUUUUAAUGAAUAGAAGAAUCAAUGUUGUUUCAGACUUGCAUGUUUUGAUGA